AUGGCCGCACCGAAGCGAAGCUGGACAGACGCGAACCUGCCUUCACCUCACAGCGCUCCAGGCCACGGCGGCUCCUCUACAUCGCCUCACUCACUCCAGUCGCCGUCGCAAUUGACAUCGCCGAAGAGAGCGCGCAUCAACGAGGACCCAAAGUCACUAGCCCGGGGUCAACGCAGCGCAAGCCAGAGCAAUGGAGCUCAGGUCGAUAACUCAAAGAUCCCCGGCAUAUCGCGCAAGGUGAAAGCAUGUGCGGCUUGUCGCAAGCAGAAAAUCAAGUGUAUCAUGACAGGCGAUCCACCUUGUCAACGGUGCAAAGAACGUGGGCUGUCUUGUCGCUUGAACAAAAGCUUGCAGACUCUGAUGUCGGAAGACAGCAAGUGGAAAGCCUCGGUGACCAAAGAUGUGUUGUCGCUGUAUGGCUCCGUCGAACAGGUGCUACAACUCCUGAAUCUGCCGCCACUACCUCAGCUGCAAACAUCUACGCAAGACCCAGCUAUCUUCUUCGAUCAGGACGACCCUGUCAAAGACGAGGACGAAGAUGACUCUUAUGAUAACUCGCCGAAAGUCGUCCCUGUCACAGACAAUUUGUCACACGUACCGAUCGAGUCCUUGUAUCAGAUCACUGGAAUGCGCGCACUGCGUGCGGCUGAAGGGGUGAACGAAGACCAGUCUCGCAUCUGCAAGCAGCUUCGAGACACAGACUUUAUUUCUCGCGGAGUGAUCAAAUUGGAAGAUGCGGAACCUUUGGCCGACUAUUUCCUCCAGAAGCUUGAUCCCUACAUCUGGCACAUAUGCGCCGAUUAUAAAGAUCUGGAGUCGUUUCGGAGUCGAUCGCCGACACUGACCGCUGCUGUUCUCACUGUUGCUGCUCUUCACGAUACUGCUCAUUGCCAUCUCUAUUCGACAUGCGCCAAGGAGUAUAAGCGUCUGGUCGCCAAUGCCAUGUUUGAGCGAAAGAUUGACAUGGAGUAUCUGCGGGCUCUUGUCAUAGGAUCAUACUGGCUCAGCGAUAUUUCGUGGACGCUAUCUGGAUAUGCGAUUCGUCGAGCGAGCGAGUUCCAUCUCAAGCAGUACUAUCUGCAGAUCGCAGACUCAGUCAGAUCACCUGAUAAGGCAGAUGCCGCAAAACUUACUGAAGCAAUGGAUGGUAUCAGAGUGUUGUACCUGUUGUACAUAUGUGAUCAUCACCUGUCCAUACUCUAUGGUCGAUCCUCAGUCAUGAGGGAUAACGAAAUAUACAUCACAGGUUGGGAGGCUUAUCUUGCGUGUUCUUUGUCGACCGACUCAGAUCGGCGGGUGGCCGGACAGAUCUGUUUGAUGUACCUGAUAAACCAGAUACGCGAGAGCCUCGGACCAGAGGACACGACAGCUGUCUUACCUGCUUCGGCAUUGCCCAAGAUCAACGGCUUCGAGCGAGACCUCGACGACUGGAUUGCUCGCUUCUCAAGGCACAACCCAAGCCAGCUUAUCGGCAAUUGGCCCAACAAAGGCGCCAUCAUGCACUACCACUGGGCAAAGCUCUACUUACAGUCGUAUGUCCUCCGAGGUCUUCCGGAGCAAGGAGCAGUCAUUCCAGAACACUUUCUCGAAAAUGCUUCAGCUGCGGUUCAAGCCGCGAUAGCCAUCGUGAAUCUACUAUUGGAGGACAAAGAUGCCCAAGUCGCCGUGGCGUAUGUACCUCAUCACAUUCACGGCAUGGUCGCCUUCGCAGCGAUGUUCCUCCUACGAAUUGCUACAAGGCAUAGCGAACAACUGUUUGUGGAUCAAAGUCGCUACCAACGCUUGAUCGGAGCGCUAGCGCAGCACUUCAAGACGGUCGACCUAGGCAAGGACCAUUUAAUACACCGCAUGGCAGAAGGUCUGGAGAAGAUGUCUGAGAGCUUGGGUGGCCCGACACGCCGCAGCAGGAAGAGCAUAAGCAAGCCGUCACAAUCCGAGGAGAAGCCAGCCAUGAGCUCUACGCAGAGCCAAAUCACAAACGGCAAUGGUGGCAUUCCAGACUAUGCCACCCUCGAUCCUACCGCCUUUGACUUCGGUGACUCGGCUAUGAAUUUGGGAAUGCCGUUCUUCGAUUUCGAGGGCACGACACUUCAGAAUGGGUCUGGUAACGAUAUGUGGAAUUUCAACUGA